CCCUGGUUUAACACCCCCCCCCCAAAAAAAGCCAUUGCCAUUCAGUGCAGACAAUACUGAGUUAGAUGGACUAAUAUUCUGAAUCGGUAUCAGAUGGCUUUCUAUGUUCCUAUUCAAUUCAGCCUUUGGUUCAGAAACAUGAGGACUAAAAUCUUAUUUUAUUUUCUAAGUACAGUGGUACCUCGGGUUACAGACGCUUCAGGUUACAGACUCUGCUAACCCAGAAAUAGUACCUCGGGUUAAGAACUUUGCUUCAGGAUGAGAACAGAAAUCGUGCGGCGGUGGCAGGAGGCUCCGUUAGCUAAAGUGGUAUCUCAGGUUAAGAACAGUUUCAGGUUAAGAACGGACCUCCAGAAUGAAUUAAGUUCUUAACCAGAGGCACCACUGUACUGUAGCUCAGUGCUGCAGCUUAGCUUUUGCAUACAAAAGGUUCCAGGUUCAAUCUUCACUUAAAUGUAUUAGGUGGGGACAGGGUGGUGGUGGAUUAAUUUUAGUGGAAAUCUACCUAAUUUGUUUUAUAUGUUCAGUGGCAGAGCAUCUGGACUGGAUGCAGAAGGUACGAGGUUCAAUCUUCUUCCUGCUUUUAAAGAGCAGGUGUGAAAAUGUCCACUUGCUGCUGUUAUGACAACUAGUUCAGCACUGUUGACACUGACUGGCAGCGACUCUCUGCAGUUUCAGGCAGGGAUCAAUCAUUCCCAGUCUUAUUUGGAGAUGUUGUCAGGGAUUGAACCUGAGACUUUAUGUACACCAAACAGAAAGUCCUUAUGGUUCAGAUUUAAAGGCUGCUUUAAACAGGAGCACAGAAAGCUGCCUUACACAAAGUUGGACCAUUUCCCUAUCUAGCUUAAUAUUACCUACACUGAAUGGCAGCGGCUCUCCAGGCUUUCAGAGAGGGUUCAUUCCCAGCCCCACCUGGAAAUGCUUUGGGCGCAGAACCUGGGGCUCCUGCGUGAGCUAUGCAAAUGGGUGAUAACCCAAACUGACCAGGGUUUGGGGGGCACCCCUGUGAAGAAGCAAAUGUGAACUUUGCAUGACAAGCCUCUCAGCUGUGCCCCUCCCUCUUCUUUUGUUGGGCUGGAGAAGAGGUACACGUGAUAGCUUCCCACCCCUAUAUCAGAGCCUGCUAUCAGAGCAGCUGGAGGAGUCCUUCGCUGAAUGGCUGAGCUGCGUUUAUCCUGAAGUAAUCAGGGAUGUGGUUCUUCUGAUAGGAAAGUUGCUGUCGUCCCUACUCUCAAUCCAUUCUCGUGGAAACAGCAUCGAUCCUUCGCUUCCCAUGCAGAAAAUGAUGGAGAAUGAAGCCUUCGUGUCUUUCAUAUUCUUUGGCACCCUUUUGGUCAUAAAGAUGUAUGCUGUAGCCGUAAUAACAGGGCAAGUGAGGCUACGCAAAAAGGCAUUUGCCAAUCCAGAGGAUGCUCUGAGGCGCGGAGGGUUGCAAUACCACAGGGAAGACCCUGAUGUGGAGCGAUGCCGCAGGGCUCAUCUCAACGACAUGGAGAACAUUUAUCCCUUUCUCUUCCUCGGUGCGAUCUACUCCCUUCUGGACCCCAACCCUACUGUGGCCCGGAUCCAUUUCUUGAUCUUCUUCUUUGGCCGGAUUGUCCACACCCUGGCCUACCUUUUGAAACUAAGGGCUCCCACACGUUCAGCGGCCUACUGUGUGGCCCAACUUCCCUGCAUCUCUAUGGCCCUACAGAUCCUCUUUGCAGCCAUCAAGUCCUGGUGAUUGUUUUGAUCUGAGACCUGAAAGGGGUGGGAAACGAGAUGGCUGUGUUUGUAAGAGGUGGAUAAAGCUCUUCCUUUUCCUUAAUGUGGUCUGGUGAUGUGCAUUUCAACCUCAACCACUGCAUCUCUUUGCCUGGAUGGACUCUGUCAUGUCAUCUUCAGACUGGACAGUUUGCUUGGCGAUUUCUCCUAGGAGGGGGAGGCACCUUUCUGUUGCUGAUGGGCAUGUGGCGCAGAGGUUCAGGUCCACAAAAUGAUGCCAUAAAUAAAAACACUUAUUGCAGUAAAGAA